CUGUCAUUUCCUUCAAUUAUUAUUCUAGCAAACUCCAGACUUUGUCGCUGCGUUUGCGCAUCUGGAAUUUUCUACGCUCUCGCAUAUAAAUACCCCACGGGUGCUCCACCCCCAGCAGUCUGAUUUCAAGCGCUGAAAAAGUGAAAAGUGCUAGAAAAAAGCGAAAAAAUGGCUCUUUGGCUCUUCAACGACCCCUACGACUACCGACGUCCUUCCCGUCUCCUCGACCAGCAUUUCGGCUCUGCCCUGGACCCGGAGGACCUCCUCUCGCCCAUGAUCCCGCGGGAAUUCCGCCACUACCUCCGCAGCCCCGCGGGAUACCUCCGCCCCUGGCGCUCGCUAGCCUCCCACCAGGACUCAGGAUCGACCGUCACCUACGACAAGGAUAAAUUCCAGGCUUGCCUCGACGUCCAGCAAUUCAAACCGGAGGAAAUCGCAGUCAAAGUAUCGGAUAAUAUGGUGACAGUUGAGGGAAAACACGAGGAAAAACAGGACGAGCAUGGGUUCAUCUCCAGGCAUUUCGUGAGGAGGUAUUUAUUGCCCAAAGGGCAUGAUGCGAGUCAAGUGGAGUCCAAGUUGUCCUCGGAUGGGGUUUUGACCAUCACGGCGCCCAGGGUUGGGGCCGAGAAGGAGGAACACAGGAGCAUCCCCAUCGUGCAGACUGGGCAGCCCUCCAAGGCUGUCGAGCAGAAGAAAGAAGAGAAAAAGUGAAGAUAAAUGAAUUUUUUUUCAUUUUGUGCUUCAUUUCGCGACUGAUUCUUGUGAUAUCAUUGCUUCCUCUCAUUUUGUAUCAAGUAUUUUUGCUAAAUAAAAUGUAAUUUAAUGAAA